CGUUGUAAAUUGGAAGGGAAAAUGGAAAUACUGUGACACGCAACUCUGCGUCGAACACUGCAAUAAUUCGUUAGCCACUUCAGCCUUACCGCUCUCUCUCUCUCUCUCUCUCUCUCUCUUCUUUGGACUUCGCGGUUUUGCGAAGCGCAGGCCUUCUCUCAUGGCGUGGUUGUCCGCCACAUGAACCAUGCGCGCCUUCAGGCCCUCCGUCGCCGCCUCCGCCUUCUGUUAGUGUUUGUCGUCUUCGCUCUCCAUUUUCCGGUCGCCCACUCUCCAACCUUCCGUUCCCCUCCCCUUUCACCUCCUUCCGACGGCAGUUUCUUCAACUCUGCUGGGACUGGUCUCGGCGAUAAGAUCACUCCGAUCGGAUUAGUGGGCUCGAGCUAUCCACCCAUGUCUAAAGCUCGUGUUUAUACGGAUGUUAAUGUUCUGCGCCCCAAGGACUAUUGGGAUUAUGAAUCUCUUGCCGUUCAGUGGGGUGAUCAAGAUGAUUAUGAGGUUGUCCGGAAAGUGGGAAGAGGAAAAUAUAGUGAGGUAUUCGAGGGAAUAAAUGUUAACAACAACGAGCGGUGCAUAAUCAAGAUACUUAAACCGGUUAAGAAGAAGAAGAUAAAGAGAGAGAUAAAAAUACUUCAGAAUCUCUGUGGGGGUCCAAACAUUGUCAAGCUUUUUGAUAUUGUAAGAGAUCAGCAUUCAAAAACACCGAGCUUGAUUUUUGAGCAUGUGAACAGCACAGAUUUCAAAGUACUUUAUCCGACACUGACUGAUUACGAUGUACGCUACUACAUAUAUGAACUUUUGAAGGCAUUGGAUUAUUGCCAUUCUCAAGGGAUUAUGCACAGGGAUGUCAAACCUCAUAAUGUUAUGAUAGAUCAUGAGUUGCGAAAACUUCGCUUGAUUGACUGGGGCCUUGCUGAAUUUUAUCAUCCUGGCAAGGAAUAUAAUGUUCGUGUGGCCUCAAGAUACUUUAAAGGUCCUGAAUUGCUGGUUGAUUUGCAAGAUUAUGAUUAUUCUUUGGACAUGUGGAGCCUUGGUUGCAUGUUUGCUGGAAUGAUUUUUCGCAAGGAACCUUUCUUUUAUGGUCAUGACAAUCACGACCAGCUUGUAAAAAUUGCAAAGGUUCUUGGGACAGAUGAAUUGAAUGCAUAUUUGAACAAGUAUAAUCUAGAGCUCGAUCCUCAACUUGAUGCACUUGUUGGGAGGCAUAGCAGGAAGCUGUGGUCUAAAUUUAUCAAUGCAGACAAUCAACAUCUUGUUUCUCCAGAGGCUAUUGAUUUUCUUGAUAAGCUUCUUCGAUAUGAUCACCAGGACAGGCUUACGGCUAGAGAAGCCAUGGCACAUCCAUAUUUCUCCCAAGUGAGGGCUGCUGAGAGUAGCAGGAUGCGAACACAGUAGUAAUUAGAUUAAGCGGAGCAUCAGCAUAAACUAAAGUGUGAUAUGGGCUAUGGAUUUAUGUUUAAGUAUUAGUUUUACCAAAGAAAUAUGGCUCCCUGUAUUGUAGUUUAAGAAACCAAAGCUAAAAUAGGACAUAUAUUAUUUCGUCGAGCGUGCUACGAGCUUAUCCUUGUUUCGGAGAAACUAUAUAUUGCGUGCAAAUUCUCAAGGCAUGUGUGCUUGUACUAUUGCCUGAUUCUUCAUUAUCUGUUCCUUCAAUAUCAUUAAUUUAAGGUCACGUUGUAAGUUUGAAUAA